AAUCACAAAACAUGAAUGAGAAGAACUUUGAGCUGUCGCUCAGACGGAGAGGAUAUAGUUUCAUGUUUUUGGAGCUCAACAUUGACAAAAAUGCUCAUUUGAAACCGAAAUAAUUCUUGCAAAGCUGAAUGAUAGUCUUUGGUAGCGUGCAUAUCUGGAAAAGGUGUUUGAGACACUGAUAGCAUUGCACAGAUAGCCGGCGUGGAAGAAUGGCUGGAAGUGUUGUGUUAACUGGCUAACGUUAGCACUAGCCAACUGACUGACUAGCUAGCUAAAUCGCCACAUUCGCGGCGCAUGAACUCAUUGCAUUGGGAUUUAUUAGGACUGGAAAUACAUGUAUUUUUUUGUGGAUACAGGAAGAACUUUCCAGUCCACACGACCAUCGCGUCAAACCCGUAGUUCACGAACAUGAUCAAAUUCAUAUACCGUAUCAAUGCAUGAAGUCAAGAUGAACAGGAAGAAGGACAAGGGAUUUGAGAGCCCGCGGCCUUUUAAAUUGACUCACCAGGUUGUCUGCAUCAACAACAUCAACUUUCAAAGAAAGUCUGUGAUUGGCUUUGUGGAGCUGACCAUCUUCCCAACUGUGGUCAACCUGAACCGGAUCAAACUCAACAGCAAGCAGUGCAGGAUCUACAGGGUCCGAGUCAACGACCUAGAAGCACCAUUCAUUUACAAUGACCCUACUCUAGAGGUCUGCCACCACGAGUCCAAGCAGAGGAACCUGAACUAUUUCUCCAGUGCCUACACAGCAGCAGUCAGUGCUGUGGACCCAGAUGCAGGACACGGCGAGCUGGUCAUCAAAGUCCCCUCGGAGCUGUGGAAGCAAGGAGACGAGAUGAAUGUGCUGAAGGUGUACAUAGAGUUCUCUCUGGACCAGCCUAAAGGAGGCCUUCACUUUGUGGUGCCCGACGUAGAGGGGAGCAUGGCUGAGAGAGGAGCACACGUCUUCUCCUUCGGAUACCAGAACUCCACAAGGUUCUGGUUCCCCUGUGUGGACUCAUACUCAGAGCUGUGCACCUGGAAGCUGGAGUUCACAGUGGAUGCCUCUAUGGUAGCUGUGUCCUGUGGGGACUUGGUAGAGACUGUCUAUACCCAUGACAUGAGGAAGAAGACCUUCCACUACGUCCUCCCCAUCCCCACCGCCGCCUCCAACAUCUCACUGUCUGUCGGGCCCUUUGAGAUCCUGGUCGACCCCUACAUGCAUGAGGUCACCCACUUCUGUUUACCCCAGCUCCUGCCCCUGUUGAAACACUCCAUGUCCUACCUGCAUGAGAUCUUUGAGUUCUACGAGGAGAUCCUGACCUGUCGAUAUCCUUACUCCUGCUUCAAGACUGUGUUUGUGGACGAGGCCUACGUCCAGGUGUCUUCCUACGCGUCGAUGAGCAUCUUCAGUACUAAUCUGCUCCACAGUGCCAUGAUCAUAGACCAGACCCCCCUGACCAGACAGUGUUUAGCUCAGGCCCUGGCCCAGCAGUUCUUUGGCUGCUUCAUCUCCAGGAUGUCCUGGGCUGAUGAGUGGGUGCUGAAGGGGAUCUCUGGCUACAUCUAUGGUCUGUACCUGAAGAAGACCUUUGGCGUGAACCAGUACCGCCAUUGGAUCAAAGAGGAACUGGACAAGAUGGUGGAGUACGAGCUGAAGAUGGGAGGAGUUCUCUUACACCCGACCUUCGGUGGAGGCAAAGACAAGGACAACCCUACCCCUCACCUCCACUUCUCCAUCAAGCACCCUCACACCCUGUCCUGGAAGUACUAUAAGAUGUUCCAGUGUAAAGCCCACCUGGUCAUGAGGCUCAUUGAGAACAGGAUCAGCAUGGAGUUCAUGCUGCAGGUGUUCAACAAGUUACUAAGCCUGGCCAGUACAGCGUCCUCGCAGAAGUACCAGUCACACAUGUGGAGUCAGAUGCUGGUAUCCACCCACAGCUUCCUCAAGUCCAUCUCCAACGUGUCGGGGAAGGACAUAGGACCCCUCAUCAAGCAGUGGGUAGACCAGAGUGCGGUGGUGAAGUUCUUUGGCAGUUUUGCCUUCAACAGGAAACGGAACGUUCUAGAACUGGAGAUUCGGCAGGACUACACCUCCUCUGGAACACAGAAAUAUGUGGGACCCAUCAAGGUGACAGUCCAGGAGCUGGAUGGGUCCUUCAACCACACGCUGCAGAUCGAAGAGAACAGCCUGAAGCACGACAUCCCCUGCCACUCCAAGAGCAGACGAAACAAGAAGAAGAAGAUUCCUUUGAUGAACGGAGAGGAGGUUGACAUGGACCUGUCUGCUAUGGAUGCGGAUUCUCCCUUGCUGUGGAUCCGGAUCGAUCCGGACAUGUCCAUCCUGCGUAAGGUGGAGUUUGAGCAGGCAGACUUCAUGUGGCAGUACCAGCUCAGGUACGAGCGUGACGUCGUGGCCCAGGAGGAGUCUAUUUUAGCCCUGGAGAAGUUCCCCACGCCGGCCUCCCGUCUGGCCCUCACUGACAUCCUAGAACAGGACCAGUGUUUCUACAAGGUCCGCCAGGGCGCCUGCUUCUGCCUCGCCAAGAUCGCCAACUCCAUGAUGAGCACCUGGACCGGUCCUCCAGCCAUGAAGUCUCUGUUCACCAGAAUGUUCUGCUGUAAGAGCUGUCCAAACAUCGUCAAGACCAACACCUUCAUCAGCUUCCAGAGCUACUUCCUACAGAAGACCAUGCCUGUAGCCAUGGCUCAGCUCAGAGACAUCCAGAACCUCUGUCCCAAAGACGUCCUCAACUUCAUCCUGGACCUCAUCAAGUACAACGACAACAGGAAGAACAAGUUCUCCGACAACUACUACCGUGCCGAGCUGAUUGAUGCCCUCACCAACUCCCUGACCCCGGCCAUCAGCAUCAGUAACGAGGUGCGCACCGUGGACAACCUCAACGGAGAUGUACGUCUCAUCCUGGAGGAGAUCACACGGUCUCUUAACAUGGAGAAACUACUGCCCAGCUACCGCAACACCAUCACUGUCAGUUGUCUCAGAGCUAUCCGGAUGCUCCAGAAGAAUGGUCAUAUUCCCAGUGAUCCCUCUCUGUUUAAAUCCUAUGCAGAAUAUGGACACUUUGUGGAUGUUCGUGUCGCAGCGCUGGAAGCUGUGGUGGACUACACAAGAGUUGACAGGAGCUCCGUGGAACUGCAGUGGCUGCUCAACAUGGUCCAGAAUGACCCGGCUCACUACAUCAGACACAAGAUCCUAAGCAUGCUGGGUAAAAACCCUCCCUUCACCAAAGCAGCCGAGUCUCCACUCUGCAACGAGGCUCUGGUCGACCAGCUGUGGAAACUCAUGAACUCAGGUACGUCUCAUGACUGGCGGUUGCGGUGUGACGCGGUGAAUCUGUACUACACUCUGUUUGGUCUGACGCGUCCCUCCUGCCUGCCCCUGCCCGAGCUGGGCCUGGUACUCAACCUCAAGGAGAAGAAGGCCGUGCUCAACCCCACUAUCAAGCCUGAACAGGGACCAGACACCACAGAGAUGACUGGCAUCACCAUGGGCGUUCAUAUCCCUGUCAUGGGCUUCACUAGCAGUCUGGAUGAGGGCCUGAUCACCAUGGAGACAGUGUCCAGCGUGUCUAUGUCCAGUGGUGUGGCCCCACCCCCUCAGGGUCUGAAGAGGAAGUUGGACAGUGUCGUUGGCCCGCUGGGCUCGUCCUCACCGGAGCCAGGCCAGGUCCUGCAGGAAGAGGACACCAGUAAAAAAUUCAAGAUCAGAUUCAACACCGUAGAGGAAGAUGAGAUUGACAUGGAGAGUCCCCAUGACAGCCAGGCAUUCAUCCACCACCACCUCAACAUCCUGGAGAGGCCAUCCACACCAGGUAAGGAACCUCCAGCCGUGGACCAGGCCGUCCUCUCCCUGCCUGUCACCCCUUUACCUUCUUCCUUCGGCAAAGAGUCCACCUCUUCCUCCAAACACAGCGGUGACCACCACCAUCACCACCACCACCACGAGCACAAGAAGAAGAAGAAGAAGAAGCACAAACAUAAACACAAACACAAACAUGAGAGUAAAGACAAGGAGAGGGACUCCCAUGCCUUCAGUAACAGCCCUGCUAGUGGACGCUCUGUGAGGUCUCCAUCCAUGUCUGACUAGAACACAGCUCUGCCUCCUGGUUGGUCCUUCAGUAACAGCCCUGCUAGUGGACGCUCUGUGAGGUCUCCAUCCAUGUCUGACUAGAACACAGCUCUGCCUCCUGGUUGGUCCUUCAGUAACAGCCCUGCUAGUGGACGCUCUGUGAGGUCUCCAUCCAUGUCUGACUAGAACACCGCUCUGCCUCCUGGUUGGUCCUUCAGUAACAGCCCUGCUAGUGGACGCUCUGUGAGGUCUCCAUCCAUGUCUGACUAGAACACAGCUCUGCCUCCUGGUUGGUCCUUCAGUAACAGCCCUGCUAGUGGACGCUCUGUGAGGUCUCCAUCCAUGUCUGACUAGAACACCGCUCUGCCUCCUGGUUGGUCCUUCAGUAACAGCCCUGCUAGUGGACGCUCUGUGAGGUCUCCAUCCAUGUCUGACUAGAACACAGCUCUGCCUCCUGGUUGGUCCUUCAGUAACAGCCCUGCUAGUGGACGCUCUGUGAGGUCUCCAUCCAUGUCUGACUGAGCUGUGAAACAUCAUCCUCAAGACUAGACUCCAACUCCUCUGAAUAGACCUAUGUGUCAACUAGUUUGCUAUGUGUCAACUAGCCUGGAAUCCACACUAAAUAUUGCUUGUUUCAGAGCUAAGUUUAGUUUGAAUUUGGAAAAUGGAGCAAUAUUCAGUGUGGAUCCAGGGCUGGCCCUGCAGUCAGUGUAGGAAUGUGUGUAGCCUAACCAACAUUCUGUGACGUCUUCAUUAACCACACAGAGAGGCAGACCUGUGGGCCUCUCCAGAAAGGGAGCCCUUUGGUUUUAAAAGCAUCCCAGUCUCCAAUCACCUUAACCACACACAUACACACCCACCACACACACACACUUCUGGCUGUGCCCGAACCUGUCUGUCUCCUACCAUCAUCAACAACAUUUUCAGUUAGUGGCUGUGCGUCCUCACAAGGGAACCUCUUCAGCUUGUUGAACCCGGUCUCACAGACUGCCACUAGACUUUCCCCCACGUUGCCCUGGACAUGGACUUACAGGUUUACUUUAACCCUGCAAUUAAACUAAGAGGAGAAAUUCCACUCUCGUUCAGAGACCCAAUCAAUUCAAAGAUGGCAGAAUCAAGAAUGAGAUGUUUCUAAACGUGUAGGAUGUAGAAUGUAUAGUAAAAUAUAAAUUGUCUCUAAUUAGGUGGACCUGCAGUAGACCAUGACUGUUUUGCGUUCUAAACCACACCCUAUGCGUUAUAUAGUACACUACGUUUGACCAGGGCCCAUACGGCUCUGGUCAAAAGUAGUGCAUUUUAUUGGGAAUGGGGUGCCAUUUUGGAUGUAGCCGUGACUAAUAGCCUAAUUGCUGCCCUGUAUGACAUCACCAUACUGAAGAGUCAUUGGGUUGUUCUAUACCUGUUUCUAUUGCAUUCAUAUGGCACUGUUUCUAACCAUGCAUGGGGCGGCAGCGUAGCCUAGUGGUUAGAGCGUUGGACUAGUAACCGGAAGGUUGCGAGUUCAAACCCCCGAGCUGACAAGGUACAAAUCUGUCGUUCUGCCCCUGAACAGGCAGUUAACCCACUGUUCCCAGGCCGUCAUUGAAAAUAAGAAUGUGUUCUUAACUGACUUGCCUGGUUAAAUAAAGGUUAAAAAAAAAAAACUGUUAAAGUCAUUAGAUUGUGUCCUUACCCAAUCAGUAACUAGAUUGUGGGUGGUCUCCUUGUCCCUCACCCAAUCAGUAACUAGAUUGUGGGUGGUCUCCUUGUCCCUCACCCAAUCAGUAACUAGAUUGUGGAUGGUCUCCUUGUCCCUCACCCAAUCAGUAACUAGAUUGUGGAUGGUCUCCUUGUCCCUCACCCAAUCAGUAACUGUUCUGUUCUUUAUUCAUUAUGUACUCCAGUUGUGUUGAAACCUUUUCUUCUAGGUUGGACAUGAAUACAUUAUCAUAAAGAUGAUGGAAAAUAAAGCUUCAAGAAUGUG